AUGGCUAAAUAUACAGAAGAACAAUUAUUUGAAUUAAAAACAGAAGCACAUGUUCCGCAACCUACUAUAUUAGAAGCUUUCAAUAAAAUGAUUGAAGAAGUUCAACAACAAACAUUAGCUCAAUAUCAAGAAUAUCAACAACAACAACAACAACAACAAUUGAAAAAGAAGCAUAAUGGAGAUACAUACAUUGAUGAGCAUGGUAAUGAGAGAUCAUACCAUCAUAUGAAUAGAAGAAGAGGCUCAAGAAGUGGUGGAAAUAAACCAAAUUUAAGAAAAAAAAAUGAAAUUGUUCAAGUUGAUGAAGAUGGUUGGGCGACAACCAUUCAACCAACCACUACAAAAGGAAAUAAUGAAGAAGAAUCAAGCAACACCAAGAAUAAUGCCGGUGGAGUUAGAGCCAGACCAAAUAAUAAAAAUUUAGGAUCUUCAAAAGCUGUUGAUCCAAGAGAAAUUGUUAGUGAUAAACAAACAAAAGCAUUUAAUGCAUUUGCUGCAUUGGGCGGUAGUGACGAUGAUGAAGAUGAAGACGAUGACGAUGACGAAGAUAAUGACGAAUAA